GGUUUCGGUCGACGUGCGGGAUGAUUUGAUGCUCUCUGAAGCAUAUUUAAGCAAUGGAUCCCUAUUUUCCAGCUCCUAAGGAUGAGCCAAAUGUCCCUGAAGCUUCCAAACAAUCCGAUGCGGCCACCAACCUGAGCCAGUGGUCAAGGGCCCGUGGUCUAAUCGCCUUGCCAGUGCUGUCAUGGGUUCGUGGUCUACACAAGGGGCAGACAGGGAGCCUGCACUCAACUAAUUAAGGUCCAGAAGAUGACGGUCAACUUGGAGACAAAUCACCGGUCAAAUACCACCGAGAUGCGCGGGAACAUGGUGCAGGCGGGAAGGCUGAGCGGCCACGACGCAUCAGGAGUCGCACGCGCCGAGGAAAGGGCUCAAGAGGCGAGGGGAACUCGACGAGGGGGAGUAAGCGUGGACGAGGUGCUGGACAGAUGAGUGGUGGAGGUCUGAUGCAUGGACAGCCUCCGAACAUGCUACCAGGGAUGGGAGGUGGAUGGAACCAACCAAUGCCUGACAGCUACAUGGAUCAGAACUAUCCUGGUCAGCAGGGGAUGAUGCCGAUGCAAGGUUUCCCUGGUAACAUGCCUGGCAACAUGGGUGGUCCUGGGAUGGGCAUGGGCGGAAUGCCAGCGGGCCAGGGUAUGGGCAUGAACAUGCCUGGUGGGCAGAGUAUGGGUAUGAACAUGGGACGUGGCAGUGGAUACAGCAUGAACCAGAUGGGUAUGAACAUGCAGGGUGAUUAUAUGAACAUGGGUCCCCCGGGGCAAGACAUUGGUAUGAAUAUCAACACUGGGAAUGGGCGAGGUGGUUAUAUGGGCUCGAACCAUGUUGAUAUCCCUGGUGGUCAUGGUAUGGGUAUGUCUGGGCAGGGCAUGGUCAACUCGGGUAUGAGUAUGUCGGGCAGGCAGGGCAUGGGCAUGGGUGGCUACUCGUCCUCUCCUGGUAUGGGCAUCAACCAAGGUGUUGACAUGAAUAUGGGUGGACGCCCGAGUAUGGCAUGUAGUGGCCUAAACUCGCCGAGUGAGUCAUCAUCUGGGAUGCCCUCGACACAUGGGAUGACAUCCGACAUAAUGAGUCAUAACAUGGCCAUGAACAUGCCAUCUGCAGUCAUGAGGAUGAAUCGCUCACAGGGCGUGAUGGGCUCGCAAGGGAUGGGUGGCAUGAGCUCACAAGGUGGCGCUGCAAUGGCGAGCAUGCGGUCACCGGGGAUGGGAGGGAACAUGAUGUCAUCACAGAAUCGCCCCAGUAUGAACAUGGGCAAUCAGGAGACGAGUUCGAGCUCCAACAUGUCUGCUCAGGGUAUGGGUAUGACCACGUCAACGCCACAGGCCAUGGGCAUGAAGAUGCAGACUGGGGCAGCAGAUGUAGGUAUGAAUAUGCCGCCGUCUGCUGGUAUGGGCAGUAACAUGGGUGGUGUGUCGGGCAACAUGGGAGCUAGCGGCGCUGGAGGCAGUAUGGGCAUGGGCUCAGGCAGCACAGGCAAUAUGGGCAUGGGUUCUGGAAGCUCUGGUAAUAUGAGCAUAGGGUCACAGGGAAGCACAGGUGGUAUGGGCAUGGGGUCACAGGGGAGCACAGGCGGUAUGGGCAUGGGGUCACAGGGGAGCACAGGCGGUAUGGGCAUGGGGUCACAGGGGAGCACAGGCGGUAUGGGCAUGGGGUCACAGGGGAGCACAGGCGGUAUGGGCAUGGGGCCACAGGGGAGCACAGGCGGUAUGGGCAUGGGGUUAGGGGGCAAUGUGCCAUCAAUGGGAGGAACAGGAAGUGGAGGUUCUGGACGGGGAGGGAUGGGCAUAUCGCCCAGUCAGACAUCAUACAAUGCUGGUAUGAGUGCAGGCAGCCGCGAGAUGGGAACCAAUUCUGGUAGCACUGGUAUGAACCCUGGUAGCACCGUAAUGAACCCUGGUAGCACUGGCAUGAGCUCUGGAAACACCAGUAUGAACUCUGCUGGUAUGAACCCAUGUAGUACCAGUAUGAACCCUGGAAGCACCGGAAUGAACCCGAGUAAUACUGGAAUGAACCAAAGUAAUUCUGGAAUGAACCCAGGUAGUGCUGGAAUGAACCAAGGAAGUACCAGUACGAAUCCCGGUAGCACUGGGAUGAACUCGGGAAGUAGUGGUAUGCCUUCCAAUAGUACAGGCAUGAGCUCUGGAAAUAGCGGGAUGAACUCGGGAACUGCCGGAACGAAUUACAGCAGUAUGGGCAUGAAUUCUGGAGGCGGUGGUGGCAUGACAACGAACGGCCAGCCAAACAUGGGAAUGAGCAACUCUGGAAUGGGGCCUCGGUCGAUGGGAGGAUCAACUGUUCAGCAGAGUAUGAACCAAAACCAAGCAGGAAUGAACUCUCCAGCGAAUAUGACACAGAUGAAGCUGACAGGAUCAAACAGCGGCAUGACAGGAACGACGAAUAUAAUGCAGAAUGCUGGGAGCCAGAUUAACAGCCAGCAAGUGCCACCUGGCUACAACCACAAUGCCAGAUGGGAUAGUGGCGCCAUCAAUCAGCCAAGCAAGAAACCUCUGGAGGCUGAGGAGGUUGAUGAGGACAAUGAAGAUGAUGUUGAGGAUGUGAAUGUGAAGAAGAAGUUACUGGGUGUUCUGGAAUCUCUUGUCAGCCAAUCUGACAAGGACACCGAUAUGAUUAUGCAGAUCACUGGCAAGGUUACUGAACAGUACAUGAAGAACAGACAGACAAGUCAACAGCCACGUGCUGAUGAGGUAGCACAGAUCCAGGGACAGAACAUGAACCAAGACAUGCCUUCACAGAUGCCUCAGCAACCUGGCAAUACGCCAUACAACAUGCCUUCAACAAGUCAGUACGACCAGACCAACUCACACCAGUCGUUUGGUCGCUACUCGCAACAGACGAGCAGUCCAUAUCAGCAGCACUCGAGCAGCCAAUACCACUCACAGGGAGCAAGUGGCCUCAGCCAGUAUCAUCAACAGACGAAUAGCCAGUACGGGAUGCAAGCAUCUGCACAAUACCCUGGCCACCCCCAAGGAAUGGCAUCUCAAGCAGCUAUGGGGCAGCAAGCGAGUACAGGCCAGUACAAUCAGUAUAACCCGCGUGCUAUGGCUGGCCAGUAUCAUGGUCACGUACCAGGGGCUGAUCCAAACUCUAAAUCGAAUGUGGGCAUAUACGAGGGCAGCCAGUACGCGCCGCCUGGAAACAGCUUGGCUGCUUUAGAACGCACAAGUAAUAAGGUUCCAGAUGGCAGCAUGUAUGCGGCAAUGAAUCAGAGCCAGAUGCAAGCAGGGAUGAUGGGCCAGAGUCACCAGAUGCAGGGCCAGAUGUCGGGCAUGAUGGGCAAUUACUCAAUGGGCCAAGGGAUGGGCAGUGGGUACAGCGGAUGGGGCUCGGGCUCGGGCAACUACCCAAGUUAGAUCUCGUACAUUCUCUCUCCUGAAGAUCUUUGUGAAAUAGUUGAGACUUUCUUGAUAAGGCAUUUUGACAAGACUUUUAAAAGUUGAGAUAUUUUCUGGCCAGAUUUUUUGGGUUUAUCUUGAAAUAGAUUUCGAGAUAGUUUUGUGCUGACAUUGAUGUACAUGUAUAUAUGAAGAGGUUGUCUGGAAAGUGGUUUAUAGGUCUAUCCGUCUAUUCAUGGUCAACUUGGUCAGAAUGAAUCUUUUACUGUUUCGAGGAAAACCGUUCAUGAUAUCCUUGGCAGCGUCUGUUGUGGUCAAGCUCCUCCACAUGUUGGCUCACUCUUGACUCUUCUUGCCGAUACGUAUUUUCUGGAUUUCUAGAAUUGUGUCUUUGUGUUUAGAGUGGAGGCCUCCACCAAUGAGUGGAGCUCAGGGCUUGAAGACAUCAAGGAGGAGGUUCUCACCGGCCCUUGAGGCUGUGGGGACAGAUACACAAGUGAAAAAGACGCACAGCUAGUUGGUGGAAUGUAAAAUGUACAUUUCUGAUUACAUGCCAGAACCAGCAUACAAAAACUCGGUAGACUGCACUAGUGUUGGCUGGCAUUCUCUCCUUAAAGGAGAAGCCAGAAACAAAAGAUGCCUUAUUUGAGAAAUAAGGCAUGUUAUAUAACAUGGGUGGUUGUUAUUCAAUGAAGGCAUUGUUAUAUAACAUGGGUGGUUGUUAUUCAAUGAAGGCAUUGUUAUAUAACAUGGGUGGUUCUUAUUCAAUGAAGGCAUUGUUAUAUAACAUGGUUCUUAUUCAAUGAAGGCAUUGUUAUAUAACAUGGUUCUUAUUCAAUGAAGGCAUUGUUAUAUAACAUGGUUCUUAUUCAAUGAAGGCAUUGUUAUAUAACAUGGUUCUUAUUCAAUGAAGGCAUUGUUAUAUAACAUGGGUGGUUCUUAUUCAAUGAAGGCAUUGUUAUGACUGGCAAUGCACCAGUGCUUCUCUUACUUUGGUAUAUUAGGCCAGUUUGAGACGUUUGGAGAACGUCUGACUUGAAAGGUCCAGGCCACUGGCAGAAAACUGUUUUUGUGGUGUUUUGAAUAUAAAACUGUCCAGUAACCUAAUUUAUGUUUCUACUCUUGCUCAAGUAUGUUUUAUUCUGGUGAUCUGCCUUAGGAAAGAGUUUUCGGGUUCACAUAAAGACUUGUGGAGCUUUUUGUCACGUUUCUGACUGUGAGCCAUGAGAUAGUAAAUAGCCUGUUUCGCCCAUUUCCUUGGUAUAAAAGAACACUUGUAAAAUGAAACAAUUUUUGAUGUUUUCCCAGCAAUAUAGGUCUUUUAGUUUUGCAACUUUGUGAGUCAUAACAUAAAUAGGGCUGUGAAUGUGAUUUGGCUAGUGACAGUUCUCAAGAUCGGGUUUGGGGUAAAACUAGACAUGGACACUAUGAGGUGGCUGUUAGGCGACAAUGGCAAAUGAAGCAACUAGCAUAUUUAAUAGGGUAUAGGUGCCACUGAUUUCACUAAACGCAUGCAUCAAACAGUAUAUGACGACAGUCAAAUUAUGUCGAGACUAUGAAAAUUGGUAUGAUGUCUCCAAAUAUUGACAUCUCGUCUCUGGCUCCCAAUGCGAUAUACUAGUCGACAGACAACACCUCCCAGUGGACCAUUACAGUUGGUACCUGAUUGGACACGGUAGUUUCCUCCCAGUGGACCAUUACAGUUGUGUUGGUACCUGAUUGGACACGGUAGUUUCCUCCCAGUGGACCAUUACAGUUGUGUUGGUACCUGAUUGGACACGGUAGUUUCCUCCCAGUGGACCAUUACAGUUGUGUUGGUACCUGAUUGGACACGGUAGUUUCCUCCCAGUGGACCAUUACAGUUGUGUUGGUACCUGAUUGGACACGGUAGUUUCCUCCCAGUGGACCAUUACAGUUGUGUUGGUACCUGAUUGGACACGGUAGUUUCCUCCCAGUGGACCAUUACAGUUGUGUUGGUACCUGAUUGGACACGGUAGUUUCCUCCCAGUGGACCAUUACAGUUGUGUUGGUACCUGAUUGGACACGGUAGUUUCCUCCCAGUGGACCAUUACAGUUGUGUUGGUACCUGAUUGGACACGGUAGUUUCCUCCCAGUGGACCAUUACAGUUGUGUUGGUACCUGAUUGGACAAGGUAGUUUCCUCCCAGUGGACCAUUACAGUUGUGUUGGUACCUGAUUGGACACGGUAGUUUCCUCCCAGUGGACCAUUACAGUUGUGUUGGUACCUGAUUGGACACGGUAGUUUCCUCCCAGUGGACCAUUACAGUUGGUACCUGAUUGGACACGGUAGUUUCUAUGAGUGCCUUUGUCAACUUUGUUAUAGGACAUUUUAAAUUUAUUUUAGAUUCAGACUUUAGACGCCAGGUUUUGCCUGUAUUUUAUAACCUUGUUGUUGGUGUACAUUUUGUUUAAGUUGCUUGUUGACAUAAAAAUAGCGAGAGCAGCUUCGGGUCAUGUGACUGUAUUUGUCCAUUAAAUGGAUUCUAUUGACAAAUUGACUGACAAGUCACUUGUCAUAUUGCAUGUCGCGGUCACAGGUGAUAAGCAAUAUAGUGCUGGCUACUCUGGCAUUAAUGUGACAGUUCAGUUCUUCUCCACUUAUGACUUGUGACCUGAAUUAUGAAACAGGAUUUCUCUCCAAGCUGGCCUGUUGUGUUGUCCUCACUUAGGAAGGUUAAACAAAGACAUGGGGUCUUUUUCAGUAAAUUGCUCCAGUUUAAAAAGUUGCUAAUUCUGACGAGCUGUGACCCAAAUACUGUAUAAUACUUUGUCUUGGAAAUGGUUGAAUAUUUUGGGGCAGGCUAAAAUAUGAAAUAUUUCAUUUAUUUCAUUGUGUAGCAUGUGGGUGCGGUCUUCCUGUUGGAAUGUGGAUGUGAUGAGGAAAGUCAGAGGAGAGAACAUGUAACAGAAAGAAAUAAAUGAAUAAUUUUGUUGAAAUUCGAGGAUAAAUCGUCAUGAAAUCUUGUUGAAUCUCAAUAUUUGAAUGAAAUCUUGUUCAAUCACAAUAAUUGAAUGAAAUUCUACGUAGAAAUCCAAUAAUGAUAGCAAGUUUUAUUCUGUGAAUCUACUGAGAUUUCUGACGGCUUAUUAUUGCCCACAUUUCAAUAAAUCACUCAUUUGUGAAUAAUAUGAGCGUACCAAAACUUAACCAGUGAUAGUAAGUCACCUUAUCUGGGGGGGGGGGGGGGUCACCUGAUCUCGGUUUAGUUGCUUAAGAAAAAAAAGCGUCGCUGUCAAAUGGAUUGAAUUGAAGCUGAAAACAACAAGACAAUUUGAAAUACUCCUUUAGUAAUACUCAAUGCCAUGAAAGAUGGUUGUGUAUCCAUGCAUGGUGAUAGGGACAACCACGCCCCCAUCAUCAACUCCUUGAGUAAUACUCAAUGCCAUGAAAGAUGGUUGUGUAUCCAUGCAUGGGGAUAGGGACAACCACGCCCCCAUCAUCAACUCCUUGAGUAAUACUCCAUGCCAUGAAAGAUGGUUGUGUAUCCAUGCAUGGUGACAGGGACAACCAUGCCCCCAUCAUCAACUCCUUGAGUAAUACUCAAUGCCAUGAAAGAUGGUUGUGUAUCCAUGCAUGGUGACAGGGACAACCAUGCCCCCAUCAUCAACUCCUUGAGUAAUACUCAAUGCCAUGAAAGAUGGUUGUGUAUCCAUGCAUGAAGAUAGGGAUAACCACGCCCCCAUCAUCAACUCCUUGAGUAAUACUCAAUGCCAUGAAAGAUGGUUGUGUAUCCAUGCAUGGUGAUAGGGAUAACCAUGCCCCCAUCAUCAACUCCUUGAGUAAUACUCAAUGCCAUGAAAGAUGGUUGUGUAUCCAUGCAUGGAGAUAGGGAUAACCACGCCCCCAUCAUCAACUCCUUGAGUAAUACUCAAUGCCAUGAAAGAUGGUUGUGUAUCCAUGCAUGGUGAUAGGGAUAACCACGCCCCCAUCAUCAACUCCUUGAGUAAUACUCAAUGCCAUGAAAGAUGGUUGUGUAUCCAUGCAUGGGGAUAGGGAUAACCAUGCCCCCAUCAUCAACUCCUUGAGUAAUACUCAAUGCCAUGAAAGAUGGUUGUGUAUCCAUGCAUGGUGAUAGGGAUAACCAUGCCCCCAUCAUCAACUCCUUGAGUAAUACUCAAUGCCAUGAAAGAUGGUUGUGUAUCCAUGCAUGGUGAUAGGGACAACCAUGCCCCCAUCAUCAACUCCUUGAGUAAUACUCAAUGCCAUGAAAGAUGGUUGUGUAUCCAUGCAUGGUGAUAGGGAUAACCUAAUCAUCCACUAUUCACAGACACCAACUCAUCCUUAAGAUUAAUUGUUUUGCCAAAAUAGAUUUUGUUAAUUUUAAUUUUCCUGGAGCCAAAAAGUUAUACUUAACCAACUCGGUGUUUGUGUAUCAAAAAAGCUGAGCCUGAAUGCCUGUUACUGAGUUCCAGAAUAUGGAAUUGGUGGAGAUUUCUGACUGCGCGUUCUAACUCGAGCAAGAAGAGAGUUAAUAGAUGUUGCAAGUCAUGAGUUUACGGAUCUAGUGAGUAUUGUGGUAUUUAAUGGUUGUUUGUAAAUCCAUUGAGUUGUCAUAAGAUUUAAAGGCAGAGUUGCAGGAAUUAGCAGUGGCCAUCACUAAUGUAUGGUUGGAGUGUUCCUGUCAGAGGCAUGAUGGCCUUGGUCUCCAGCUCUCAGAACCAACUCGAAUCAAUUUGCGUGUAUUUAGAGAUGGGACCCUGUGUGACUAAGAUAUUUCAUUUGACAAGUUGAUGUUUGGUAAUGGAUGGUCAAAUAUAAUCUCACGGAAGUUGUGGGUUAAGGUUCUCUACUCUUUGUGUGUGUCAUUUCUGAACAAACAUGGAACUCAUAAUAAUAAUUGUUUGAAAACUCUUGGUAUUUGUGCAGCUGCGGACUUUGUCUCUCGUGAAUGAAUUCUUAUGUCGUCUCUUUACAAUAAUGCAUAAUGUAGGCCUUUCACAUUUAUUACUUUAUUAAAUCGAUGUCUUUUUGGAAA